AUGGCUUUUCCAAGAAGAAUACCAAUUGGUGGGUGGAAGCAUGCUCUGAAGCCUGAAAGUCCCACAGUGAUCACCUUCGAUGCUUACAACACAUUAUAUGCAACGACACUGCCAGUUAUGCAGCAGUACUGCCUGGUUGCCAAGAAAUACAACGUCAUCGCCGAUCCCAUGCAACUAACCAUGAAAUUUCCCAAAGUCUUCAAGGAGCUGAGGGAUAGGCAUCCGAACUAUGGCAAGUUUACAGGCAUCACCGCAGUGGAAUGGUGGAGCAAGCUUAUCACGAACGUUUUCCAGCCGCUGGAGAUCUCAAAAGAGAUGGUUGAGGAGAUUUUAGUGAGAUUCGAGGGUUACCAAGCUUACCAGGUGUAUCCAGAUGUGCUUGAUUUCAUAAAAGAAGCUAAAUCAAAGCAUCCGGAUGUGAUCUUAGGUAUCAUCAGCAACACAGAUCCGGUGGUAUAUACAUUGCUGCAAAACCUUGGACUGUACGAAUACUUUAAACCGCAUAUCUUCUUAUCAUACGACCUAGAUCUGAAAAAGCCCUCCAAAGAGAUUUUCGAAUAUGCCCUUGAGGAUAUGGCGAAGAGGUAUCCCAGAUUGCUAGAGAAUAAUGACCUCGGGACCCUCAGGUCUCGGUGCUGGCAUAUCGGCGAUGAGGCAAUCAACGACAUGCGCGGUGCUGAGAAUGCUGGAUGGAAUGGAGUACUGAUCGAUAGGAACAAUAAGUACGGACACUUAUCCAGGUCUUUUGAGCACAAGGACAGGAGCAGCGACCUUCUGUCAGUCGAUAAAAUUGAUACUACUUCAAGCAUAAGCUACGAGGAGAGCUUGAGACAAAUGGAUACUGUUCUCCUGGGUGAGAGAGCCUUUGUGGUGUCAAACUUCAAAACUCUUCAAGACUUCCUACUUUGA